AUGUCGGAAGGAUUAUCACAGAAAGCAGUUUUGGUUAUGGAUAAUGCCCCAUCACAUCCAGUUGAAGAUUUAAAAAGUGAUGAUGGUAAUAUUUUUUGUUAUUUCCUGCCACCGAAUUCAACUGCAGUUCUACAACCCAUGGAUGAAUCAGUAAUUGAAACUUUAAUGCGUCGAUAUCGGAAAAAAUUUAUUCAGGACCUCGUUUCGCAAGAGAAUAUUGAUUUGGCAGAUUAUUGGAAGAAUUACAACAUUAAACACGCAAUUGAUAAUGUAGCUGAUUCAUGGUCUGAGUUAUCGUCGACAACAUUGGAAAAAUGUUGGAACAAACUAUGGCCAAAUACAGAAUCGCCUUCGAAUAACAGUGACGAUGUUGUGACUAGUACAUCUUCGGUUUUGCUAUUAGAAAAUAGUGAAACGAUCAAUGAAUGGUUGAAUUGUGAGGAAAAUGAUUGUGGUUAUGAGCUUUUGACUGACGAACAAAUAAUUAAUGAAGUGAAUGAUGAAGAAGAAAAUAAUGAUGAUUACGAUGGAACAGAUAACAAUAAUGAAAAUGGUCACAAUCCUACUGCUUCAUUUCUAAGACAAGAAGCCAAAAUUGCUGCAUCAAAUUUAGAGAAAUUUAUCGCCUGGUAUGAAAUGCAAGAUGAAGCCGGAUUGGCUAACACGAUUCGUUUGCGCCAAUUUCUUCUUUUCGUAAAGAAUAAAACUCAAGUCACUCUAAAGCAAAAGACACUAACUGAAUUCUUUUCAAAAACAAACUAA